GUUCUAGACUGCCUGGACUUGGCCACCCUGUGUUCUCUGUUAUCCUACUUGCCUGUUUGUUUCAGGGAAGGCUUUGAGCAAGAUGAGGCACACUAGUUAUUCUGUACAGAGUAACUUUCAUUGUCCCUCUUCCCAUCGAGAGAGCAUCGUGGGUGUUCUGGGAUCCAGAGUGGUGUCAUGAGCAUAUUAUGAGAAUUGGAAUGAAUCCUGAAUAACACAGUCAAGAUUGAGUGCCCUGAGCAAGGGCAUCUGGAAAUAGGAGCUUUGAAAAUGCUAAUGGUUUCUGUUAUCUUUCAGGUGGUAAACGUGUCAAGGCUAGAGGGAGAUGACAAUCCUGUGCAGCUCAUCUACUUCGUGGAGGAUCAAGAUGGAGAGAGACUCAGUGCAGUCAAGUCUUCAGAUCUGAUUAACAAGAUAGAUAUCCAGAGAGCAGCCAUUAUCUUGGGUUAUCGAAUUCAAGGUGCUGUUGCCCAACCCUUAGACAGAGUGAAGAGGCCGUCUCCAGAGUCCCAGAGCAGCAACCUCUGGGUCAUUGUCGGCGUGGUCAUUCCAGUGCUGGUGGUGAUGGUGAUUGUCAUCAUCCUCUACUGGAAACUCUGCCGCACGGACAAGUUGGACUUCCAGCCUGACACGGUGGCCAACAUCCAGCAGCGUCAGAAGGUAAGGGUGUAACCCCCAGCCUUCACA